CCUCUUCACUUUGCUCCUCACAAAACAAUCUAGUGUUUUGAAUUUUUAUCUCUUGUCUAAUGUCAUCCUCGGAAGCUAUUGCAAUUGAGGCUGUUCUAGUCAUAGUAGUGAUUGUCGCGAAGGUAGCUAUUUUAAUCUGUGUGUGUAGAAAAAGAAAUCAAGUAAAUGGUGGAACCAUUAGUCCAGAUUCACAAUUUAUAACACUCACUAUGGAUAAAUUUUUAAACGACAUGGAAAGGGAGAAGCCGAUAAGAUUCACCGGUCAACAACUAAGAAUUGCAACAGACAACUACUCGAACUUGUUAGGGUCAGGUGGAUUUGGUACAGUUUACAAAGGAAUUUUCAGUAACGGAACCAUGGUAGCUGUGAAGGUUUUGCGUGGUAGUUCUAACAAGAAAAUUGACGAACAAUUUAUGGCAGAAGUUGGAACAAUCGGUAGAAUUCAUCACUUUAAUCUUGUUAGGUUAUAUGGAUUUUGCUUUGAAAGAAACUUGAUAGCGCUUGUUUAUGAAUACAUGGGAAAUGGAUCACUUGAUAGGUAUUUGUUUCAUGAAACAAAAGUGUUAGGAUAUGAAAAGCUUCAUGAGAUUGCAAUUGGUACGGCAAGAGGCAUUGCUUACUUGCACGAAGAGUGUCAACAUAGAAUAAUCCACUAUGAUAUAAAACCGGGAAAUAUUCUCUUGGAUAAGAACUUCUAUCCUAAAGUCGCUGAUUUUGGUUUGGCCAAAAAUUGCAACAGGGAAAAUACUCACAUAACAAUGACCGGGGGAAGGGGGACGCCUGGUUACGCCGCACCUGAACUUUGGAUGCCAUUUCCUAUAACUCAUAAAUGUGAUGUUUAUAGUUUUGGUAUGCUAUUAUUUGAAAUUAUAGGUAGGAGAAGAAACCUUGACAUUAAAAACACUGAAAGCCAAGAGUGGUUUCCAAUUUGGGUUUGGAAAAAAUUUGAUGCUGGACUUUUGGGGGAGGCAAUGAUAGUUUGUGGAAUAGAAGAGAAAAAUAAAGAGAUUGCUGAGAGAAUGAUUAAGGUAGCUUUAUGGUGUGUUCAAUAUAGGCCAGAAUUAAGGCCUAUAAUGAGUGUUGUGGUGAAAAUGUUAGAAGGUUCAUUAGAAAUUCCAAAGACUUUUAACCCAUUUCAACAUUUGAUUGAUGGGACUGAGUUUACUACUCAUUCAGUGCAAGAGUCAAAUACAUAUACAACUAGUGUUUCUUCUGUUAUGGUAAGUGAUUCCAGCAUUGUAUGUGCUACUCCUAUUAUGAGGAAAUAUGAGAUUGAAUUGGCAUCUAGCACAGCUUGAUGGAAAGCAUAUGCUACAUCAUGAGAAGGAUUGCAUGUUGUAAUGAAGUUGUAAAUUUUUACCUUUCUACUAGUUUGAUCAAUAGAAUCUAUUUUGCUUUGGCGUCCUA